AUGUUGUGGGUUUUCUAGGAUUCAGUGCAGUGCAUCUCUUUGGGCUUGUUUCUGUUCAUGGACAUCAAAUGAAGAAAGGCAUCCCAGAGAUGGGAAGCCAAAAGUCAGGGAGCUCAUGGUUUUAUAAAUGAUACAGUCGCCCCCAGUGAUGAUGUAAUAUUGCAUAAUAGGGUGACAGGGGGGAGGCAGAGGGAAACAAUGGUCAGCUUCUAUUUCCAACACAUUUCCAUUGCUCUGGGCCAGCAGUAUCCAGCUGAGGGCUGGGCUCUGCAGAGUAGGGUGGCUCCUGGCAGUGUGCAAAGCUGUUUCUAGGACAGGUGGUCAGUACAGAUGGAUCAAAGAGUUCUUUGACAUUGAGUUUUGCUGUAAACAGACUACUACCAGAUAUCCUGUCCCUGGGUCAGCAGUGAGGGAAUUUGCAGCAGUUCAUGGGCUCUUAAAGAUGAGUCACUUCAAGGUUGCUGGAUUUUCUUUCCUAUUGCUCCACUUCCUCUGUUUUCUCUGAAGAUAAAUAAGAAAUAAGAGCCUGACAAUUCUCUUGAGGUCCUGCAGCUUGUUUAUUUUGUGAAACUACUACUAGUUAUCUAAUUCUGUUGCACUUGUUAACGGCAGCUUUCCCAUAAAGCUUGUCCCAAGUAAGCUAGCCACGGCUUUGAGAGCUGAGCUGCAGAGCAGAGAAGAUCAUCUCAGAAACUUGAAGAUGAAGUGCUUUCUUCUGCCAACUCAAUUUGCAUUUCUCUAUAGCUUUGUUCUAAGUAAACCUGUCCAGAUAGCUACAAGAAACAGUGACUUAGACAGUGAAAUAGCUGUGCAUGAAGGAGACAUUCUCCUGAGAAGAGGACAACGCAGUGCAAUCAAUUGUGAGAGCUGUUUAUGGCCCAAGUCACAGGAUGGACUAGUCAAAGUUCCAGUUAGCAUCUCGUCUGAUUUCUCGUUGGCAGAGAGGUCUUGGAUUGCUGAUGCUCUACAAGAGGUCUCCACAUUGACCUGUGUCAAGUUUGUAAAUCGCACUACAGAAACUGACUAUGUGUAUGUGGAACGUGGACAGAGCUGCUGGUCUUACUUUGGAAAAAUUGGAGGUCGUCAAGCAGUAGGCCUGGUGAAAAAUGGCUGCAUGGAUAAAGGAGCAAUUCAGCAUGAAAUGAACCAUGCGCUGGGUUUCAUCCAUGAACAGGCACGAAGUGAUCGGGACAAGUUUGUCAAAAUUAUGUGGGAACACAUUAUGGCAGGAGAACAAGGAAACUUUGGAAAAGUGAACUCCAAAAAUCUGGGCCUUCCUUAUGACUACUCUUCUGUGAUGCACUACGGAGCGUAUGAUUUCUCCAGCACUCCUGGGAAACCAACUAUUGUACCAGUUCCUAACCCUUUGGUGCCCAUUGGGCAGAGAGAUGGGCUGAGUAACUUGGAUGUAGCUAAAAUCAACAAGCUCUACAAGUGCAAUUGCUGUAGCUCUGUAUUGCCAAAAACCAAAGGCUCAUUCUCCUCUGUCAAUUACCCAUCCCCAUAUCCGAACAAUAGCAACUGCCUGUGGUUGAUCCGCAUCCGUCGGAAUAAGGUAUUCCUGCAGUUUGAGGCUUUUGAUCUCCAAACCUCCUCAGACUGUUCAUCUGACUAUGUGAAAGUUUACAGUGGAAACAGCAAGAACUCUCCUGUCUUGCUGGACAAAUACUGUGGGCAAGGGCCGCUGCCUUCCAUCGUCGCUUCGGGAUCAACAAUGCUGGUAGAGUUUGCAAGUGAUGAGACUGUUACAGCCACAGGAUUCAAAUCCUCCUAUAGCAGGGUGAAUUGUGGAGGUACUUUCACAGACCCCAGUGGAGUCAUCACCUCUCCAAACUACCCCAAUAAAUACCCCAAAAACCAGGCAUGCUUCUGGGUCAUCAGCUCUCCAGUAGGAUACAAGGUAUCUCUUAAAAUGAUAUUCUUUGAGCUGGAGGAUAAUGACAGAUGCACCUAUGACUAUUUGCUCAUACAUGAUGGAAGCCGACCUACGUCACCAGCAGCUGGCCCUUAUUGUGGGACAAUGAAGGUUUCAGACUUCACUUCCACUGCAAACUUUGUGCUGGUUGAAUUUCACAGUGACACAGUUUGGGAGUUGCCUGGAUUCAAGCUGAGCUAUACAUUUCAUAGGUAACACUAUACAGAUGGGAACUGGAAAAUGCAGAAUGAAAGUAUGAGAACAACUAGCCACUGCUUCUGAGGCUCUAAGCUUUUUGUUACAGUAAUCCCAUUGCUGGUGUUUCUUGGUCAGAUACAGUGGAAAAACAAAUAAUGUAAGAGAAUUCUGUUACCUGUAGCAUUAGAAACCACCCAUGAAAGUUCUGGAGUAUUGCAAUGGAGCAACUUGUAUUCUGGAGUCUGUAUUCUGACAAUACUACUAUAUAACCCUAAUCUGCAUUCCAGUAUUCAUAUAGAAAAACCUUCAGACACAUUUGUUUAUGCUUUGAAACCACACUUGCUUAUACAGUGGGUACAAGCACAGUGGUUAGCCUGGAAAUGACAACUUCACACUGAAGAUACAUGUUAACAUUCCUGUGCAGCACUUCAACUCAACUAAUUGCAUUACUUUCAUAAGCAGAAACAGAGCAGGGAGCAGACUUGACUGAAGAAACUUAAGAAUGGCAAGAACCAGCAGUGAGAGAGAAGGAAUUGAGGGAAGUACAUAUUGCUGCCACUUUGUACAAGUAAGCUAUGGCCUGUGUCAGGUAUCAAAAUCUUUCACUGGGAUAUUACCAUGUUUGGUUUUCGUUUGUUGCUUGUUUGUUUUCUUCAAAAUGAGGCCUGAAAACAUAAUGGAAAGCCCUCUGGAUAGAAAUAGAGCCAAUAACUUUAGAGAACAUUACAUUAGGUGUGUGAAGUAUCUUGACUUCAGAGUGGCAUCUCCUCCCUCUCAUAAGUCUGAAGAAGAGGAAAAAAAAAAAAUCACUGUUCUGGACAUUAACAUUCUGUUAAUUCUUGAUGUACCAAGUUAAAGUAAAAUGCCACUGCAAAGCUGGAAUACAAUAAAAUGUAAUAAAUUUUCUUGCAGCAACUGUAUCCUUGUGAAGAAAAGCACACAGAAAAUGUCAGUUUCUUCCCAGUGCCAGGAAGACAACUAAGAAAAUCUUGAAUUAUGCAGAUUUUUCUUUUUUAAUGAUCUGUAAUGCUUUGCUUUUUAAGCACUGGAUAAUUUUUACCCUCAGAAGAACAUCUGAUGAGCUGUGGGCAUAAAGGUCUAGAGCCUGGCUGCACCGUGGAAGGAAACUGUAUGUAAAGCAGACAACAAAUACUUGUAGUUCUUAUGAGCUGAUCUGGCUAUGCAAACUAUUGAGGAAAUCAAGCGAGGAGGAGACACUUGGGUGUCUGUGGCAUAAGCCUGGGACAGUACCUGUGUGGUAUUAUCUCCUUAUCUUACUAAUAAAACGCUUUCUUCAGUUUGUGUAUCUGCAUGGA